GAGCCUUCCGUUCUGCUACUUAUUUUGGCAGAAGUGAACAGCAAGAUGAUGCAAAGUAGAAACCAGAGUUCUGUGUCUCACUUCAUUCUGGUGGGCCUGCACCACCCACCACAGCUGGGGCUGCCAUUCUUCCUGGCUUUCCUUGUCAUCUACCUCCUCACUGUCUCUGGCAAUGGGCUCAUCAUCCUCACUGUCUUGGUGGAUAUUCAACUCCACCGCCCCAUGUACUGGUUCCUAUGUCACCUCUCCUUAUUGGACAUGACCAUUUCCUCUGCUAUUGUCCCCAAGAUGCUGGCUGGCUUUCUCUUAGAUAGUAGGGUUAUCUCCUUUGGGGGCUGCGUAAUGCAGCUCUUUUCUUUCCAUUUCCUGGGCUGCACUGAAUGCUUCCUUUACACACUCAUGGCUUAUGACCGUUUCCUGGCCAUUUGUAAGCCUUUACACUAUGCUACCAUCAUGACCCACAGAGUCUGUAACUACCUGGCUCUGGGCACCUGGCUGGGAGGGACCCUCCACUCCCUUUUUCAAACGAGUUUCAUUAUCCGGCUGCCCUUCUGUGGCCCAAACCGAGUCGACUACUUCUUCUGUGACAUUCCUGCCAUGUUGCGGCUAGCCUGUGCUGACACCACCAUCAAUGAACUGGUCACUUUUGUGGACAUCGGCUUCCUGGCCCUCACCUGCUUUGUGCUCAUCCUCACUUCCUACGGAUACAUUGUGGCUGCCAUCCUGAGAAUCCAGUCGGUGGAUGGGCGCCACAACGCCUUUUCCACCUGUGCUGCCCACCUCACCAUUGUUAUCGUUUACUAUGUGCCCUGCACCUUCAUCUACCUGCGGCCUGGUUCAGAGGAACCCCUGGAUGGGGUGGUAGCUGUCUUCUACACGGUCGUCACUCCCUUACUUAACCCCAUCAUCUACACACUCCACAACAAAGAGAUGAAGGCAGCCUUGCGGAGGCUGGGAGGCCACAAGGAAGUGCAUCCUCACUGA